AGCAGGUGUAACAUUUUCCAUGGCUUUUUGCACAUCACAAUCAGUCUCUUUAACUCUUUACAUAUUACAAGCAUAGAGAGGGUAGGGUCUACAACGAAGAACAACUAAUCUCUAUUGUUAUGUUUUGUGUUUCACCCUAGGCAACAACAAAUUUCCCAACAGAAAUCAUCAAAUGCAAGUUUUUGUACAAGUUGUUUCUCUACAACAAUUCUUCUCCACUAAAGCUAGCAAUGAUGAACUCUCAAGAGCCUUAGUUCAAACAAUUUCCUCUAUGAGUAGGUUGUGACAGCUAACAUUUGCAUUGAGUACUUGCAAAACUAUACUCCAGUCAUACGAAAACUCUCUGAUUCAUCACACUUCAUAGACCUCAUAGAAGCCUUCAGGACAAACCGUUUUAUCAUUGAAGACGACAACACUUAUUUUUGAAGACAUCUUAACUUUUAUAUUUUUGAACUCCAUUCAAAUUUAAUAUUUAUAAAAAAAUUCAUCUACAAAUUAUUUAUUAAUUAUCUAACAAAUUAAUUUUAAUAUUUUUUUUUCUACUUUAUACACAUUUUUCAAUUAUUUAUUAAAGUUUGUGUCCUCCAAAUCACACCAUAUUUUCAAUGAAUGAAGAGAGCAUCUUUUUUAAACCCCCCAUAAAAAUAUACUUAUUUUGUUCAACAUAAUUUGUAAUAAAUAUUUGGUAAGUGCGUCGUAAAUGAUAAAAUAAUGGUGGAUCAUUACGUCCAAAAAUGAGCUAUGCAUAAUUUUUGGGAUGGAGGUACUAGUGGUAGUAGGAUGGAAGAGGGAAUAGAAAGAAGAUAAAUGGAAAAAGAAAUUUAAAAAGCAAGGUAGGGUGGAAGUUGCAAGAAGCAAAGUCCAGUCUUUGUGAAAAUCAAGGAGCACACAAAUAUUAUAUUAUUGUUAUCUACAAAUUAUAAUAGGUAGGAAUUGCUCCUCAACGAGAUCCGCAGUGGACUAGAGGGGCUGAGGGAAAGGGCCAUCUCCAUCAGUAUCAUCACCAUGCGCCAUCCACAAAUAAUCGCCUAGCAAAGAGACAAAAGGGCGAUUGUAUUUUUGUUGUUAUUUAAUUUGAUCUCAGAGAUAGCGUCCACAGCUACAAAUGGCAGACACGGGUUGAUUGGGUGAUUGCGAUUGGAAUUUUGAUAAACAUGAAUUCGAUGUGGGAAGAAGAAUUCAAAUUCAGUGUGAGAAUGGAUGGCUACGGUCCCUAUGGUUGGACAUGGACCCUCUGUGUCUUACUCUUCAUCUCCGUCUGCCGUUUCCUCUCAAUCCGUCGCCGUCGUCGUCGCCAUGCCCGACCACCAAUUACUUCAUCUUUUCCCGCCGCCGCACCCCUCCGCACUCCGCCAGUCAUCUCUGAUGCAGAUUUGAAGAAUCUCAUGGACGAGCUCGAUGAGAGCAAGUGCCUUGGUAGUAACAUCUGGGAAAACGUCAUCGACAAAAGCUGUAAUUCUAUUUCCUACAGGGCCAAGUGCUGUAAACCCAAGGAUGGAGUUGGACCCUUGAAGUAUCUGAGUGUGACCACAUUUGAGGAUUGCUCUGUGGAUGUGGUGCUUGAUUUCUACAUGGACUCUGAUUAUAGGAUGCAGUGGGACAAGACCGUGGUUAAGCAUCAACAGUUGCAGCUCGAUCAAGCCUCUGCCACUGAAUUUGGUCGCACUAUCAAGAAAUUUUCCUCCUUGUUGACUCCCAGAGAGUAUGUGCUCGCUUGGAAACUAUGGCGGGGAACCGAUGGCUCUUUCUACUGCUUUAGUAAGGAAUGUGAGCAUCCUCUGGCCCCCAAAGAUAGAAAAUUUGUAAGAGUUGCAGUUUUCAGAUCUGGCUGGAGAAUCAGGAAAGUUCCAGGUAGAAAUGCCUGUGAGAUUAGAAUGGUGCACCAAGAAGACGCUAGAUUGAAUGUAGAAAUGGCAAAACUCGCCUUUGCAAAGGGGAUAUGGAGUUAUGUUUGCAAGAUGGAUGAUGCACUUCGCAAGUACUCUGUUAAAAAUCAGCAUGAACUCGGUUCAGUUGGUGGUGCCAGAUUGUCUAUUCAAAAGGUCCCAGCUGAAUUCGAAGUCACGGACAACAGUAUCAGCACAGUAGAUGAAGAAAAAGCAGUUGUAAGCGGCAAUCAGCACAGGUCCAACAAGACGAAACUGAGAAGAAUGCCUUCGAGUAAACUGAUUGCUAAUGGUUUAGUUCUCCUUGGCGGCGCCAUCUGCCUCUCGAGAGGUCACUCGAGCUUGGGUUCCAAGGUUGCCAUGGCGUAUUUGCUAACCAAGCUUACAAAGCGAGGUGCUUCUUUUGAGAAACAAGGAAUUAAACUUCCCAAUAAGAGAGGCUAGGAAAUGAUGCAUCAUGUAAAUAUUCAUAAUAUAUCUUAUAGUGAACAUCAUCUAUUAUACGUACAAGUUGAUCAAAAAUAGAUGCAAUGGUUUUUCUAAUUAAAUCAAGAUUACACAAACUAUACAAAUAUGUUUUGUUUC